CGCUGUCAGACGUCAGUGAAGGCUUUCGUUUUCCUUUCUUCUGUGUUGAUGUUGCGCUGCUUUGGGCAGAUUGGGGGAAAAUGGCCGGUUUAGAGGUGCUGUUCACCUGUGUCGCAGAUAAAAUCAGGUGUCCGCAGGAUGCCGUAGUUUGCUUCGUUCACUGGGAAAUGAUCAAAGAUGGAUACCGGUGCAUCGGAUCCGGAGACGAGGUGAGGAAAAGAAACGGCGCUUUCCUUCAUAGACGUCUCCAGAUUAAAACCUCUCUUUCUUUAAGUGUAUAUAAAGAUGCAGACAGUUUGGCACAGAAGGUGAGGACUCGGCUGCUGCCGUCCCAAGAGAAACAAACAGCCGGACCAGAGAGGAAGAACAGAAGAGAGGAAGAUGAGGAGUCGCAGCGAAGAAGAGAGUCGGACAGCGACCCGCUCCGAAUGCCCAGCAGACACCCUCGGCAGGGAGUCCAGCCUCACUGGCCCGACCCGUUGGCUCCUCCAUUCGCUGUUGGAGGAGCUGAUCUGGAUCCAUUUGGAUCCCGUGGCGGUGGUGGGAUGAUAGUGGAUCCGUUAAGGUCCGGGUAUCCUCGCUCCGGCUUUGACCCAUCCAGUGGUAUACCUGACAUCCUGCCACCCGGAGCCGUUCCCCCAGGAGCUCGCUUCGACCCCUUUGGACCCGUCGGACGUCACAGACCGGGGCCUGAUCCAGACCACAUGCCGCCGCCGGGCUACGAUGACAUGUUCAUGUAGCGCCGCCGGGUUUCCUGCUUGGACUCGCCUCAGAACUGAGCCAGACGGGGAACCUGGAUGAUGGGUUCGCUUCCCCAAGCUUUCCUCAAAUAAAGAAAAUAUUCAGAACAACAGGUUAGACAAUGUUUCUCAUGUCAGACUUUCAAAUAAAACAUGAUCCUAUCGCUUUACAGUAAAAAAUAAUCCCAUCUACAGAUGAAAACUGACUCACAUUGUGUGUUUUUAACCUGUCUGCCUGUACAACUGAGACAUUUCCUGAAUUUAAAGCAGCUUUUUUUGUGAAGUUGAGUGAAUGACACGAUGAUGGAAAACCAGAAAGCUGAUAAUAAAUUAGGAGGAAAAAAAUGAAAAAAAAAUCGACCUUUUCAAGGUUUGGGUUUCCUGUGAUUUGUUUCAUGCUGAGGAAAUGUUUGCGAGUAAUUUUCAUUUCUUUUGCACAUUUAUAAACUCGGCUCCAGUUAAUUGACCAACAUUGCUGUUUAAUCAUCUUAUUACAAAACAUUCAAAUAAAAAAAACUUUGCAGUCUG